CCGGAUGUGCGUUAGCAUCACGGUGGCUAGCUCGCCGCGGUGUUUGGGAGACGCUCUCAUUCACUCCACGGCCAGGACUCCCGCUGGAGGAACUGGAGGCAAACGGCUGCUCGGCUCGUCACACGCAACCAAAAAAAAAAAAAAAGAAGAAAAAACAACGCGAAUUACCCCGGAGAGACACGUCACGACACAACGACGUCUGUGGAUUCUGAACCCGAGCUGGACGUCGGUUAAAAGCCGAGUCGGUCUCCUUUUUCUUUUUUGGGGCAAACUGACUCCAUGUUUAGGAAUUACGCACACAGGUUGCUAGCGGAGUUGAUGCUAACCUAGCUAGCCGAGUGAGCUAGCGGUGGUUAGCUGUUUUUUUCUUUCUCAUUCUUUUUUUUUUAAGCCCCCGGGGUUGAACUUUAGCACCGACACACGGUCGGAAGCUUCUCCGGGACGGUGUGGCGUGUGUGGUUUCGGGCACGAUGUGGUGUUUUUUCGGACGUUUGUCCAGUUGGCCGGUCGGUAGCAUCGGCUGACCGAAGCCUGACGUUAAGUCUCUCGGCUGCUCGCGACCUGGAAUUAACUCCUGGAUGUUUUUUCCACUGCGGGUUUCUUCUUCUUCUUCUUCUGUUUUUUAAAGGUGGACUUUGCCCUCGGGGUGUUGUAACUCCCCCCUCCCCUCUCUCAAUUAAAUAAAAGAAAGGCUCCAUUGAUACGUUCUUUUAGAAGAAGAAAAAACGUUGGCUAGAAGUUUUAGUUUUUUUUUUCUUUUUGGAGGUAAAAGUUUUUGGAAGUUUUUUUUCCAAAGUCGUGUAAAAAAUGGAUGCGGGUAUAGAGAAGGAAUGCAGCGCCUUGGGAGGGCUCUUCCAGCUCAUCAUGAACGACAUGAAGGCCAGUUACCCAACGUGGGAAGACUUUGUGACCAAAGGAGCCAAGCUACAAUCACAGCUCAGGACGACCAUCUUGGUAACCGGAGCCUUCCUGGAUGCUUUUCAGAAGGUGGCAGACAUGGCGACCGGGACGAGAGGGGCCACCAAAGAGAUCGGCUCAGCGCUGACCAGGAUGUGCAUGAGACACCGCAGCAUCGAGUCCAAACUCAAACUGUUCACCACAGCUCUCUCAGAAGGCCUCGUCACGCCGCUGGAGCUGAAGAUGGAGGAGUGGAAAAAAGUGGCAGGUCAGCUGGACAAGGACCACGCUAAAGAGUACAAGAAGGCCCGAGCGGACAUCAAGAAGAAAUCGUCGGACACCAUCAAACUGCAGAAGAAGAUGAAGAAAGGGAAGGACGAGGUGCGUGGCCAGCUGGACAACGCGCUGCAGGACGUCAACGUGCGCUACGCCGUCCUGGAGGAGACGGAAAAGCGAGCAGUGUGCAGAGCGCUGAUAGAGGAAAGAGCUCGUUACUGCAGCUUCGUCAGCAUGCUGAAGCCCGUACUGGACCAUGAGAUCAACAUGCUGGGUGAGGUGACCCAUCUGCAGACUAUUCUGGAAGAUCUCACCAACCUGACGGCCGAACCAAAUAAACUCCCCCCGUCCAGCGAGCAGGUGAUAUUGGACCUGAACGGUUCUGAUUUUAACUACAGCUACCAGACUCCUCCCGCUUCUCCCAGUAACACACUGUCUAGGAAGAGCAGCAUCAGCAGUAACUUCCAGUCUGGAUCGGUGAGACACGUUCCCUCCCUGGACUCCAUCAGCUGUGCAGUGGAUGGAGAGCACAUCCAGCGCUGCUCCUCCCCCUAUCUGCUGAUUGGCUGUGAUGAAACCGGGCGCUCCCUCAGCGAGGGCAACUCCCCCUCUCGCCUCGGUCGCCGGGGCAGCCGCGGUUGCUACGGUUACGCCGCCGGCCACCACGCCGCGCUGAGCCGCCACGUUAGCCGCAGGGAUAAGACCACCGAAGCCAGCGGCGGUGGAGCAGAAAACGGCCUGUUGGCUCCGCCCCAAAGCGCCUACUCCCACCACGCAGAGCGAGCCCGGGCCAUGUCCGCCUCUGGGAAGUCUUGUUCGGCCCGCGAUCAGCUGGCGUUGACGUUGAGUGCGUUGAAUUCGGACGCCCCGAGGGACAGCAGGGACUCUCUGCACUGCUCCAGCGGCUACAGCACUCAGACCACCACCCCGUCCUGCUCUGAGGACACCAUCCACACACACACUGUAAAGAGAGAGCCUCCCAUCUAUGUCGACUACGAGUCCAUCUCUCUCCACGGGGACGCCGACUCCUUCUCCCUGCACCACCUCUCCCACGGCGGCGGAGGCCAGUCGGACUUCGACCGGUCCUCCACCAUCCCGAGGAAUUCCGACCUCAGUUUCCAGUACAGGAAGUUCGCCCAGUCCAAGCGGCCCGCCUCCACCGUCAGCCUGCUGGCCGAGCCCGACUUCAUCGGCAGGUCCGCCCACCAACCGGCGUCGCACACGGCGACCAUCCGCCGCAAGCCCUCGUCUAAGCCGGCGUACCGCCGCGGCACCAUCAGCGGGGGGGUCCCCAUCCCCAUCUGCACGCCUCAGGUCCCCCUCAAAGCGCUCGCGGGGAACGCCGGCAGCGAGGAGAACGUCUUCGUGGUGCCCUCGGCCGCAGGAGCCGGAGGUUUGGGUUACAGCAAGCUCUGCACCUCCACCCAGAGCCUCAGCGCCUUGCCCCCCCCCUCCUCCCCGUACUACCAGCUGGUACCCGGUCAGAUGCCCAUCCCGGUGCCCACGCCCACCGUGCCCUUCAUGCCGCCUGAGGGCGGCAACGCCAAGCAGCAGCAACAGAGACAGUUCCACCAACAGCAACUGCAGCAACAUCAGCACAUCAGCCAGCAGCGGAAUCAGCAGCAUCGCAACCAGCUGCAGCAGCACCACCACCUCCAGCAGCAGCAGCAGCAGCAGCAGCAGAAGGAGAUCCAGCAGCAGCAGCAGCAGCAGGAGAUCCAGCAGCAGCAGCACCUCCAGCAGCAGCACCUCCAGCAGCAGCAGCAGCAGGAGAUCCAGCAGCAGCACCAUCACCAUCACCAGCAGCAGCAGCAUCACCAGCACCAUCAGCAGGCACUGCCUCAGCAGAUCCUGCAGCACCACCCGGAUCAGGAGCAGAAACAGCUGUACCAGCAGGCCUACGCCCCCCAGGGAGAGCCCUCCGUCCCGGGCCACAGCACUGACCACCAGCUCCAGGCUCCAGCGCCCGCCGGCCCGGACCAGCAGCAGCAGCAGCCGGAGCCGGCGGCCCCGGAAGGUGGGGGGGGCGGCAUGCUGAACCAGAUCCGAUCUGUGAAGCUCAAACGGACCCUGACCAACGACCGCUCCGCCCCCCUCCUGCCCGCCCCGACCAAUCGCCAAUGAGGCCGACUGACUUGCUUUCGACGGAACUCAUCAUUGCUGGAACUCAACGUGUCUUAUUUCAUUUCUAAGGAUCUGCUUCCUUUUACGCCGUUUAGUUGCUGUUUUUUAAGACAUUUUUUGAGACUUUGUCAUCAUUUCAUUUCCCCGUAGCCUUUUUUCUUUUCCUUUCAUAUUUGGAUGGUGUGCGAUUUGUUCUUUGUCUGACCCCGUCUUACCAACAGAGCUGUUGGUUGCUUCAUCUGAUUGUUGUUUAGGAAGCUGUCGUUCCUCUUUUCCUUCCCGGGUGUGUUUGAUUUGCCUUUUUUCCUCCCAGGAGGGCGGGGUUUAGCCGUUGGCCCCGUAGCGCCGCUGUGUCACCUGGAUGAAGCUGUGUGUGUGUGUGUGUGUGUGUGUGUGUUCCAUCGCCGGUCUGUGGGUCAGCGUCGGUCCCGUAGUAAAUCCGGUUCUGUAGUUUGUAAAUAUUUUGGAACCAAAACCAGCGUAGAAAGAGGAGGUCGCUCACUUCCUCCUCAGCUUCACCUUCAAGUGGCACCAACUCCCCCCCCCCCCCCCCCCCCCACCCCCCCUCGAGGGAUGCCAAAUGGAUCCGCUGAGGGCCACAGCUGGUGGGACAGGGCGGCAGAUGUUACUGCGUUUGAGAAGCAGAACAAUAAAGAGACGAUUAUCAGUCACAUCGCACAGAGAAUCGAUUGGUGUGAUCAGUCGGUUCUGAUAUUUGCUUUAAAGCAUGAACAUUUGUUUUGAUGAAUACAUCUUAUAUUUAAGGAAUUGUGACCCAGAUUUGAUGGAGAAACUUUUGAUUCUGACAUCAAGCCUAUUUUUACAUUUUUUUUGUGUCAUUGGUCAACAAACGCAUUACGUGGCCGAUAAAUAACACGAGAUGUCAGAACAGAAUUUAAUUCAAUUUUAGGAACCUUGUCUCCAUUAAUGUUUGAGAGCUCAGACAAAAUAGUUUUUAUUUUUGCACAGUAAUUUCCAGUUUAGUUCAUCUCUCGGUCACAAUUCUUUAAUGAACAAAUUUAAAUGAAAAAUGUUAUUUGGAUUUUUUCAUUGGCCUCAAAAGUUAAGAAAAUAAGUUUUUGCACAGAAACUUAAUAAUAAAUACAUUUUCUGAACAGAUGUUGUUAAAUUUUAUAUUUUAGAUCAUCAGACAGCAUUCAGUCUGUAACCUUUGGUCAUUUUUAGGUUGUGAAGAGAUGUCACAUGUUCCUAAAGUUGUCAAUUAAAUUUAAUUUCUGAUCCAUUUUCUGUUCGAUCCACUAAUUGUUUCAGCUGUAAUCAUUUAUUUUACCAGGUUAACCGAACAUUUCCACAUGUGGAACAUCUGCUUCCAUCCUUCACCACUAUUAGAAAUACUUCCGAUUAAAACCAACAAAUACCUGAUCGUCGGAUGUUUAAUAAAAACAACGCUAGGAUUUGAUUUUGUUUGAGUGUUUAAAUUCAGCACUGAGGAGUUUGUUUGUUUGCUUCAACGUUUAAUUUCCAUCUCCAGUAGUUUGGUUUGGCUCCAAUAGCUGGUUCUAUUUGGAUCCCAAAGAUGUUUAGAUUACUUCAUUUGUUGAGCUGUAAUUCACAUAAAUCUCUUAUUUGAUAUUUUAGCUCCUCUGCUUCUUCCUUCCCUCUUUUCCAGCUGACAUCACAUAUUUAAUGUGAUAUAUUUAUACAAACAAAAAGUCGCAGAUGUUUUCAAUAUUUCAGGUGUUUUGCUCGUUGCUCAUUUUAUUUCUCAGAAAAUGUCGAGGUUUGCAGCAGGCGUUAAUUAAGUUUUAUAGAUUCUAAUGAUUAAAUCAUAGUUUGCAUGUUACAUUUCCCACUGAGUGGCGACGUAAAUGAAAUUCCAUAGAAGACAGUGAAAUGUCAGAUGCAUGCUGGGAGGGCCGAGGUCAUGACCUCCCGAGUUGACCAGAGCUGCAACCAAUUAUUUUUAUUCUCUCUAAAAGUUAUGCUGUAUUUUUGUUGAUUUAUUGAUUGGGCAACGUGAUAAGAUGUUACACAAUUGUCGUCACUCGUUAUAUUUUUGUAUGAAAAGUUGAAGGGAGGAAACUUGAUGUUGGAGGCUCUGGAAGGUGAUUGGACGUCUGGGAGAAGCCUACGAAGGUGUGAACUGACGUUUGGACAACAUGAACCAUCAGAAUUAAUGUUCUGUUCCUGUUCGCUUUGGGAUCAAUGAGGAUAAUAAUAAUUCAUUCAUCCAU